CGCUCACGUGAAGUCAAGUGUCCUCUUGGAGAUCAACUUCCCGAUAAUAUCACGUCCUCUCUCUGAACCUUGUUUUCGUGCUUCGAAACCAUGGCAGAUCCACUGAACACCACCACCGAGCCACAAGCGGAAGCGUCUUCUUCCAGCAAGGCGCCCGAAGCCUGCGCAAAGUGUGGCAAGACUGAUGCUUCGUUCAAGCUCUGCAACAAGUGCCACACCACAUCGUACUGCGGAAAGGACUGUCAAAAGGCACACUUCAAGACGCACAAGAGAAUGUGCGCGUCGCUUGCGCAAGAGCAUGUGAAGAAUAAUGAGCCGAGAAUGGCAAGCAGAUCAGUAUCGAAGACAACAGACAGGAAUACUGGGUUCAAGAAGUGGGAGUUCGACACAUGAGCUCUGAGCUCUGCAUACGAGCUUCGAGAUUUGAACAGUCGAAAUCAGUCCCGUUCUACAACUCUAAUCUCCGCUCCGCUCCGCUCCGCAUCUGUGAGUGCGUGAGGUCUAGAUGCGAUGGCGGAAGCACAGAGCCGAUUUUUCGGAAAUACGGCAAGAUGAUGCAAGGACUUCGCCUACGGCAAAGACGGCAGCCCAUGUUCGCCCUGCUAGCACUGGUUUGUUUAAGAGGAUCAGCCUUCGAAGAAUGAAAAUAAACAGAUCGUC